GAUUUAGUGUUUGAGGUGUCUUGAUACUCCUCCCUUGAAGCAGUUCAAGUCGUAGGCAGAGGAAAUGUAGAAACAUGAAGAGAGUUGCAGAGUUUACCAGUAAAACAGAUGAAAGCGUGAAAAUACUGGUUAACUCUUGCAUUAGUAAGGUGAACAGAACAGAAGUAAGGGUAAGCAGAAAGUCUUGUGCAGCGAGGUCGCGACAGGGGAAGCUUACCGUGUGGCGUUGUCGGCAAGGGUUUGUUAAGACUGGCAACACUGCAUUGAGAACAGGCUGCGUUCAGAGGGAGAUCACCUGUGCUGUCGCGCCUCCUCACUAGACACAAUGUGCCCGGUGGCCCAUGACUGCGUGUAUUCUGGAAUCUUCGGGGUUUUUCUUCUGCUGUGGCUGCCACGUGCAUGUCUGUCAGACUGAAGACGCAGCGUGUGCAGGGCGGCGUGGAGCCUCGUGGUAAGUACAUUCACUCAACUUGUCUUUCUUUCCCUCAGGGAAAACCACUACAAUGAAGAACGUGUCCCUCCGGCCUCUAAAUGGACCACGGACCAAUGGUGAGCUCCGGCAUCGGGCAUCGCGCCCGCCGCCGCCUCUCCAGAGGGUCACCCGAACCCCUGCUGCCGCAGCGGCGUCCCUUCGACAGCCCCUCCAGCAGAAGCAUGGACCUGGCCUCCAUUCGCGCCCGACGCGCCCGCCUGGAGGCCCUCACCGCAUCCAUCAAGCUGCCUCCCCUCGUGCCCUCCGAGGCGCUGCCGCCCUCCUCUGCGUCAGCGCGUGGGUCGCCCCUGUCCCGGGGUGGCAUGCUGCCCGACAGUCCCCUGCGACGUAUCACGUGGGAGGAGCGGCCCCUCACCGGCAUGGGGUCACCGGAGCCCAGGCUUCCCCCAACCCUGCCGCGCAUGGCGUGAGUUCACCCCAGUGUAAUUUAUCAUCCUGCUUCCUAACACACGGCUGGUGCAGCCAUUGUGGUGAUCCCUUGUCUUCCCACAGCACCCCCCACCACCCCCUGCCCAGCAUCGGCCACUCACGGGAAGCGCUGAGCGACUUCCUGCCUGAGACGCCGGAAGAGGAGGAGGACGAAGUGAAGGAGCAGGAAGAGGAAGAAGAAUGGAAAGUUUCUGGUGAGAAAGAGGAGGACAAAGACCAAGAGGAGAACGAUUGGGAAACUUUGGAAGCAGAGGAAGACACUGAAGGCAGCUCAACUCUGAAACUGCAGUCAAAUGUCCUCGCCUCGCCUGUGCUAGCCCCCAGUCCGGCGCGCCCUCAGCCUUCCCCUCCCCAGCAACCUUCCAGUCCUCCACAGCCUUCCCCUUCCCCACAAUCCUCCCCUCUCCGGCAACCCUCCUCCCCUCCCCAACCCUCCUCCCCACCCCCCUCUCCCCCACCACAAUCACAAUACCUUCCACCGCAUCCCUCCUCUCCUCCCACCUCUCCUACCAAUCCCAUCACGCCCACCUCGCCCAUAAAACCAUCCCCACCCACUCAGGAAGUUCCGCCGUCCACACAAGAAGCUUCAUCCACUCAAACUUCCACUGCCCCACCCGCCUCCCCCACCAAGGCCACCCCGUCCACAGAAACUCCCCCGCUGAACAAAGAGUCACCACCCACCUCGCCCACUAAGGACAAUCCGCCCACUCAGAUAUCAGCAUACCCCGUUGUCUCUGUUCAGGAGCUCCCCCAGCGCGCCCUAGCAUCCCCACACCCACCCAACUCCGCUCCAGAGUUACGCGCGGCUGCCCAUACAGGUCCCUAUCCCGUCGUCUCUGUUCAGGAGCACCCCUCGCUGACUCCAACAACCCCACGCCCACCCGCCUCGGCUCCAGAGCUCUCCCGGGCCGCCCAAAUAUCCUCACGCUCAUCUGCCUCCGCUCCAGAGUUCCUCGCGGGCGCCCACGCUUCCUCCUAUGCCGUCGUCACAGUUCAGGAGUUGCCCCCGUCCACACAGUCAUCCCCACGCCCCACAGCUUCAGCCCCCGAGCUCUCCCCGCCCAUAAAGUCACCCUCCCCAUCUACCCACUCCGCCUCCUUCGCCUCCCACGACCUGCCAGAGCCGCCCGUGCAAGUUGUUAGUCUGUCAGCAAUACCUGUGGCGGAGGACUCAGACGCGGGCACUGCACACCACUCCAUCACCGUCACCUCCGCCAAGGGAGGCAAGCCGCGGGACCCCAAGGAGUUCGUGAGUCUGGUGGCCAAGAUGAGCAGCAACAACACCGCCACGCGCACCGCGGCGACCAUCAGGGUGCGGCAGCUGCUCUCCUCCUCUCAUAACGCGCCCAUCGACGAGAUGCUGAGGCUGGACGUUCUCACCCCCGCCCUGGCCAACCUGCAGGAGAACAACCCGGCCCUCCAGUAUGAGACAGUGUGGAUCAUCACCAACAUCGUGUCCGGCACCACCCAACAGACCCAGGCCGUCGCUGACAAAGGCUUCGUGCCCGUGCUGGUGGAGCUGGUGGCCUCGGGGCAGCCGUGGGUGAAGGAGCAGGCGGCGUGGGCCCUCGGGAACAUGGCGGCCGACAGCAGUCACCUCAGAAACCAGAUCGUGCAGGCAGGGGCGCUGAGACCCCUGGCGGAGCUGACCAAACCCGAGGCCAAGGUGUCGUCACUUCAUAAGGUGGUGUGGGCGCUCUCCAAUAUUUUCAAGUUGAGGAACCUCAGAGCGUCGCCAGAUGACAUCAGCUUUGUUCUCGAGGUGUUCAGGGACCAUCUACUGACACACAGGGACGAGGAGGUGGUGGCGGACGCCCUGUGGACCCUCACCUACCUGACGGACGCGGGGAGCAACAAGGCCAUACAGCUGGUGGUGGAGGCGGGGCUGCUGCCGAUACUGGUGGGGAACCUCUCUUCCCGCAGCAGGCAGGUGGUGUACCCCUCCAUCAGGGCUCUUGGCACCGUCGUCUCUGGCACUGACUCUCAGACAGAAGCAGCCCUGGACGCCGGGAUGCUGGCACCGCUCCACACAAUACUGAAGGAGUCUCGGGAGGCGCGGCGGACUAAGGAGGCGACGUGGGCGCUGUCCAACAUUACGGCGGGCACGGUGGAGCAGAUACAGAAGGUGGUGGACGAGGGCUUCCUCCAUACGUUGGUCCACCUUAUCCAGGAGGGCGCAACGGAAGUGGCGCGAGAGGCAGUGUGGGCGGUGAGCAACCUGGUGGCGGGCGGCAGUGCGGGGCAGGUGGCGGCCCUGGUGAAGGCUGGCGGGGUGCGUACCUUGCUGGACACCCUCAAACCGCCCGCGCCUCACCGCCUGGACCUCAUCACGGUGGAUACGCUGCUCACCAUACUGGAGAAAACCGGGGGCGGCGUAGCGGUGCAGCAGAUGGCGGAGGCUGGCGGCGUGCUGGUCAUGAGUGAGAAGCUGGGCCACGAGGACGAGGAGGUGGUGGAGAGAGCGCGGGAGAUCCUCGAGACCUACUUCCCGGACGACUCCAUCACCGAGGACGAGGACGAGGAGGAAGAGGACUGAGAGACAAGGAAGAGGAGGAGGAGGAGAACGAGAAGGAGGAAGAGGAGGAAGAGGGGGACGAGGACAAGGACGAGUAAGACGAGGACUGUGAGACGAGAUGCAAUCGCUGUUUGGAAUCACUAUUUUUUAUUGUUGGAUGAUGGGACGAGAUGUGAAUGCUGGACCUUAUUAUUAUUGUUAUUAUUAUUAUUAUUAUUAUUAUUAUUAUUAUUAUUAUUAUUAUUAUUAUUGUUAUUAUUAUUAUUAUACUUCUAAAGUCA